UCCUGUAGUAAUAUUAGAAACACGGUUUCUAUCAUUGAGUUUCGAAAAUAUUCACCGAUCAUCGACAUUGGAGCUGGAGGUGUCCCUGAAAUGUUCCUGCUCGCUGUUGAUAGUGUGAGAUCAAAAGCUAUUGAUGUGGAGUACGACCCUACUUAUAGAGGAAAUGCUUGGCCCUAA